UCGUGAAGUCAUACGUGAAUGUUCUUUGUUUAUUGGCCUGCGUUUUAAUGCUUAAUUUAUUAAUUCUGUUAGGCCGUCAAUUCCCCAAAUGACUGGCGGUUAUAUCGUAUGGCAUUGGACUUGAGUUCGUCGGUUCGGUCUUGGAGCUUUUUGCCUUACCAUAUUGUAAAGCGUAUAUACAGUUAUUUAGGCGAUGAAGUUGUUUACGUUUCUACCGUAUGCAAACACUGGCGUGGGGUCGCAUACACCGAUAGAUCUGUAUGGAAGAAACUACAUAUAUGUCCUCCUAAUUUUCCAGAAGUUGAAGCUCUCAAGAAUCAGAUUAUCCCUAUGAAAAUUUGUAACGAGGUUUCGCUUGAAUUUGACCCAAGGAAUGAGUCUCAUGUUGCUGUUUUGGAAUACACACUGAGUGCUUUGUGUUCGAAUGCUGGGAUACAUUCCAUUUCCCUACGACCGACAUUAAAACUUUUAUACAAUAAAUCCUCUUUAAAUAUCUCGAACCGACUUUCAAAAAAAAUAAUAAAUGCAUUAUGUGAGGUCAUUAUGAAUGCUAAAUGUUUAAAAAAAUUUUAUUGGGGUGGGACUUAUUGUGGAAGUUAUGAAGUCAGUCGUGUAUUACAAUCAUUGACAAAAAAUCAAAAGCAUAAUUUAUUAUCAUUACAAAUUAUCAGAUUAUUUCAAAUUAAUCAAUCCAUGUCAUAUUUAAAUACAAGAUUAUUUAUAUUUUCCAACCUCAACCAAUUUUCUAUUAAUUACCUAAAUCUUUCGGAGGAUAUACUUUUAAUUUUAUCGAGAAAUUCAAACCAUCUUCGUAUUUUAAAACUUUUUGUACAAAACAAUGUUCAAGAUCUUCCCAUAAUUCGAAAUCAAAUUUGGAGACAUGUGCAUGAAAUACUUCCUAAUUUGCGUGUGACUUUAUUCCUAAUUUGUGUAAACGAUCUCAAACAAUCAACAAUCCAUUCGAAUUCAAUCAAUCAACGAAUGUCUUUCAUACAAAAUACUACUCAAGAACUUGAUAAUCAAUUACCACUACCAUCAUCAUAUUCAUCGAUGUCACCAUCCCAUUCUGUCACUUCUACAUCCUCAUCGCCAACGUCUUCAUCUUCACCGCAUAUACCGGUGCAAUGUCGACUGGAAAAUGAACGUGAACAACAUUUAAGGGAGGAUCAUCAUCCAUAUGGUGAACAGAAUCAAAUUUAUCAAUUACUUUCAACCAAACUUUUGCCUUCUGCUUUGCCUUUAAAUUCAAUUUAUAUAUACUAUUGUAAACCAGAUCCAUUGUCUUAUCUUAUACAAUAUUUAAUGGAUACAUUUGCUAUGAGUUUAGAGCAUUUCUAUCUAAUUGAUACUUUCAAUAUAAUAUCUGUGAUGUCAAACAAUUCUAACGGUAUUUUACAUAAUAAUUCUCAUUAUACGGAAUAUACUACCAUUACUACUAGUAGUGAUAAUAAUAAUAAUAGUAAUGGCAAUAUCAUUAGAUUUAUUGCCAAUACACCAGCAACAAUUUCUUAUGAUGCUGUUAUUAAUUAUGAUAAUUACGACUGUGUUGACUCUGAUUAUCAGUCAAUGUUCAGUUCUUAUUCCUCACAUCAUUCAUUAUUACUGGAUAGUACAAGUGAUUUUGAUAUAUUGAGCUGUGAUUCUUCCUAUGAUCUAUUUGAUUAUGAAGACAAAAGUUGUAGUAAUAAUAAUUAUUACUCAGGUAAUUUUUUGCUGCCCGUUUCAACCAGUCUAUCUUUGACUUCAUCAUCUUCGUCUUUACCGGUACCGUCAGGGUCAUGUUUGUCUGGUGAUCAAAUACACCAAUCAUUGAUAGCACCAAUAUCACUUCAUAAGAUGGUUGGACAAAUUGAAUACUCGUCUAAUUCAGAAAUUAUAUUACCAAAAAAUGGGAAUGAUAGUUUGAGGAUAAUGAAACCAACUGCAUGUGAGGAAAGUGCUAUCGAUAAGGGUGGUGGUAGUGAUACAAGCGUUGUAUCUCAUUCAGCUCUCAUUUCUACUCAUGAUAGUAUCAAUACAACUAAAACCAAUGUUAAUGAUUAUUGUGAUUAUUUACCUUACGAUUGUAAUUAUUAUUCCAAUUUUUCCGAGGCUCCACAAUCAUCUACUUCAUCAAAUCUUGUUUUUUACUCACCAAAUUUGUAUAAAGCGCCUGAUGAUGUCAACCCUGAUCCGUUUGUUAUGUUAGCAUGGAGAUGUCAACAAUUGUCGCAUUUUACACUAAUUGGUUACUGGUUUAAUAUUGUGGAUAUGAAAGCGUUUACAGCUCUUCGUGGUACAUCACUCAAAUCUUUUCGUAUUCCUAGUUGUUGUAUUUCUAUUGAUGAUCAAUCUUGGCCAUUUAAUUUGGAUGAGAAUUUAAAUGAAGUGAGUAAUUGAAAUAUCAAAACAGUGUUAUCUGUAUCUAAUUGAUUUAUCUCUACAUGUUGAAUAAAAGUAUAUAACCAAAUAGUAACCUGUGCAUUACUUUUUCUGUUCAAGAAUAUUUACUACAAGCGAUGUGUAUUAUAGAUUAAAUCAACAUGAAUCUUGGUGAAAUAAGUCAUUCAGUCAUACGCAAUGUAAAUAACCUGACACAUACAUGCACUGGUUCAAGUUGCUGUCCCACAUUAACACAGCGAAAUAAAAUUAUUUGGAGAUAAAUUGAAGAGUAUUAAGCAGUAUCAGUGGUGUUAGAGACGACUAGGUAGAGAAAAAGAAAUAAAAGGUCUGAGAAGAUUCCGAGACUCGAGUACUAAGGGAAGACUAGGAGUGGAUCUGUUCGAUUUAGAAAGUCUUCAAACAUUUGAUAUUGUAGCAUAGUAUUCACAACUUCCAACUAUUAGCUCUUAUGAAUUUGAAUUACUCCACUCUUUUUUUUAAUGAAUAUAUCGUCUUAAGUUGUAAUAACUAAAUGAUUAGGAAUGAAUAACAAGUAAUUAACGAAAGUUUAAAGAUUUUUAAUUGAAACAAGACUUAGAACAUUCAGAACUUAAUGUAAACCACCACUUCUUCCGAGAACGAAAAUAAAUUAGCACAAGUUUAUAUAGUACAAAGGUUUGUUCCUGUUGUUCUGCCAUAUCAUCAUGGCAUAACAGAAGAAUUACAAAGAAUCCUUAGAUCACACAGAAUUUAGGCAGUGUAUAAAACAACGAGUUCAAAUAAAAGAUAAAAUACUUAUCACUUCGACACAGAAUUACGUCUACAGACUGUGAUGUUUAGAUGGUGAUUUAUUCUAUACUGGACAGUCUUCUCAUGAAAUCAUGACUGAUGCCAAAGAACACAAAAACAUUUUCAAAUAACCCUCUAGAACUAGAAAGGAGAAAAGCACGUCUAACUAUCCAUCCAACAUGGAACAUUUAUUCAAAUAUUCGCACAACUAAUUCUAUUCACGUUUCACACCACUAACAAAUAUAUUCCUGACGUUACUCUUCCACAUUACAAAUAUCACAUUUUCUUCACUCAUGAACACAUAAUUACAUACAGCUAGGUUUCACACAAAAAAGUAACCGUGACUGAA